AUGACUCACGAUAACUUUAGGGACUUUGUCGAGAGUAAGUGGGAUAAAGAGGCUCCUCUUAUGCCUCACCUUAACCAACUUGCUGCUGAUCUACAAGAAUGGAAUAAAACGAAUUUCCAUAACAUUUUUAAGAAGAAACACAAUCUCCUAGCACGUAUUGCAGGUGUACAACGUGCUCUUGCGCUUCAAAAAGCGAGGGAUUUAAUAAAACUUGAGUCGAAAUUAAGUGUGGAGCUUGAUGAGGUACUUGCCCUAGAGGAAUUGUUAUGGUAUCAAAAAUCAAGAGUGGAGUGGAAUAAGGAUGGAGACCAUAAUACCACCUUAUUUCAACUUAGCACUAUAGCUCGUAGAUGGCGAAACAAAAUUUUGGCCAUUAAAGAAGAGCCUGAUGGCCAAUGGCUAACUGACAAAGCCGAGGUUCAAAAUAACAUUGUCAACUAUUUUACAACCUUGUUCGAAAGUGAAGAUGAGCAGCCCCAUGAGGAUCUUCCUCGUGAUAUUUUCCCAGAAUUUACAACUCGUGACAGGAAUAAUCUGACGAGGCCUUUUCUUCAAUGUGAAAUAGAUAGGGUAAUGAAGGAAAUGGGUGCUCUAAAAGCACCGGUUCCAGAUGGUUUCCAAGUUUUAUUCUACCAAAAGAAUUGGGACCUAGUAUCUCAGAAUGUGUACAAGCUUGUCUUUGAUGUGCUUAAUGGAAAAGGAAUGCCACAAAGCUUAAAUGAUACUGCCCUUGUGCUAAUUUCGAAAGUGGACAAUCCAGAGGUAGCUUCUAAUUUUGAACCAUUAGCUUAUGUAAUGUAG